UUAAGAUUAAAAAGCUAAUAGCAUUAUAGAGUGAAAAAUAACAAUUAAUAGCUGCAUCGAUAAAACGGAAGCAAGCACCCUCCGGAAAACACCACCUCACCGGUCUCUCUCGCCGGCGAAGCUUUGUCAUCGACAUAGCUUCUAAUCUAAGUUCGGUCUCCUCGCUGUUCUUACAAAUCUUCAAAAGAAAUUGAAACCUCUUUUUUAAUUAGUAAUUUUUUUUUUCGAGCUUUGUCAAAGUGUACUUAGUUGAAGAAGGGAACUCUGUAAAUUAUUACAGAAUGGAUACAUUUUUAGGAAAUAAUAGUGUUGAAGACGUGAGCUGGCUCUGUUCGCUAUCCGAAUCUGAGCUCGAUAUGUUGAUUAGCUUAAAAUUGCUGGUAAUUCAAAAAGCAGAAGUGAUUGGUCGUGAGAAAUUAGCUUCAAAAUUUGAUCUAAAACUGCUUCGAGCUCUCGCACUUGUUUUGAUGGAAUAUCUGAAAGGGAACGAUAAGAAUUUAACAUAUAUUCCGGGCCUGGCCAACCCGCCGAUAUUCACGGACAGUGGUAGUUUACUGCAUUGUAAGAUGAGUGACCUGUUGAGCAUUGAGGAGCUAAAGACGUGCAGUGGUAUGCAUGAAAAGAAAAAACAAACUGCUAAAAGGAACUGACCUCGGGGACAUAUUGAAUGAUGUCUGUAUUUAACAUAAUCUUUAGUUGAUGUCACUGAGGCAAAGCAUAUACUGAGAUAUAAGUUUGCUUAAGAAGGGGCUCAGAUGGAAAGUCAGCAAUGGAGAAGAUAUUAGAGUUUUUCAUGAUCCUUGGAUUCCACAGAAUGGCCUGUUUAAAGCAUACCCUAAAUCUGCCGAAGUUGAUCUGAACAUGAGAGUUAAAGAUUUGCUAUUGCCUAAUGGCGAAGGUUGGGAUGAGACUGUAAUUGAUGAGUGUUGCAGGGGGUAUGAUGCAAAGGAAAUUACAGAGAUCCCUUGGAGAAAGAGUAAUGGGAAUGAUCGGGUUCUGUGGCACUAUUCCAAUAAUGGGCAUUUCUCGGUCAAAUCGGCAUAUUACCUUGCGUCAGACGGUAAUAACUUCUGUUCAUUCAUCUACGACUAGUAGAGAAGGCUGCCUGAUGUCGUGGAACAAAAUUUGGCAUCUGAAAAUUUUUCCUAUACUGAAGCAUUUUGUGUGGGGCUGAUGAGACAUAGUUUGUCCACCAAAGCUGCUAUACUCCAUAGAGCAAAGAUUGGGGACGGGUUGUCCUGUCGUUGUGGGAAAAAGGAUAUUUUCAGAGAUUGUGAAUGGGUUCGCGGUAUUUGGUUUGGUAGUAGAUGGGGCCUGGAUACGAGGAGGGGUGCAAAUGAAGAUUUCCUUCUCUGGACAGAUUCUUGUAUGAAGAAUUUUCAGAUGGAGGACAUGGAGCUUUUCUGGGCAAUUUGUUGGAUGAUUUGGUAUGCUCGAAACCAAUUGUGUUUCCAGAAUAUUGUUUUAACCUGGGAUAGAGUUCUUGCCGGUAGCCUGGAGGUUUUAAAUGAUUUUAGAGAAGCAAAUAUUAGCUCAGAAUCGCAUUCUAUGGUGAGACUAUCGAAAUGGAAGAGACCCGGAGAGGGGGUGGAUUAAAAUCAAUUCUGAUGCUGUAAAAAUGAGAAAUGGUCUGUGGGGAUUAUGCCUUUUGGCUAGAAUUGCUCAAGGGGAGAUUCUUGCUACAGGAUCAAGGCUGCUUGGCAAAGGAGGCGAUCCUCUGGUUGCAUAAAGUGAAGCAAUGCUCUCCAAACUACAAAGGAUUGCGCUUUCUCGAAGAUUAUUCUGGAAAGCGAUAAUAGCUAGCGUAUCAGUGCCAUGUCUUCUGGAGAAGCUUAUAGAACGGAGGUGGGAGAUAUAUUCUGCGAGUUACAGCUUUUGGCGCGUAAUUUUAAUCUGGUGCAGCGGAAUUUCACUCCACGAGAGGCAAAUAAGCUAGCGGAUGGGAUGGCAAGUUUUGCAGCCACUUUAGGUGCCCAGGUCUGGAUUGAAGAGGUGACUGAUGUCUUGACUGAAGUGUGGAAAAAAGGACAACGAGGACUCGAUGGAAGACGUUGAUGGUUUGAAUCAAGCUGGUGUUGGUUAAGUGUUUGCUGCGUUAAAUUUUUUUAGAUUUCUUAAGUUUUUUGUGUUUGGUGUUGCUUUGUUCUUUUUUUUAUCUGUUUUUUCAUUAUAAAAAAUAUGUUAAAAUUAUUGUUUAGAGUACUAAUUUAAUAUACUAUUUUUGAUUUUUAA